GGCUACACGGACAUUAAUGCUCGGAGGAUGCAUCUGUGAUGGACGGGGCCGAGGUCAUUUAUUUCAGCUUAAUGAUUGUCGCAGCCGAGUGUUGACCAAUCAGGAGAGCAGACGCCUCGGGGUUCGCAGCUUCUGACCAAAUAUCUAUCGACCCUCUUCAGAGAGUGGGGCACCCAGCUCAAGCUCAUUCCGUCGGCUGUUAUUUGAUUAAAUUAAAGCAUUUUAUUUGCAGUUAUUUGGUUCUAAGUUGAAAGUUUGAUUGCUGUGAGUUACCAUGAAGCCAGCAGUGGUUCUGCUGGGCCUGGUGCUCCUACUGGACACCACUUUUGGAGCAGAAGAGUCCUGUGCGGGUCGCUGUGGCUCCUUCAGCCCUCAGAAAAAAUGCCAGUGCGACUCGAUGUGUGUGUAUUAUGGGAGCUGCUGUGAGGAUUUUAACACCAUCUGCCCCAAAAAGGUUUCUCGAGGGGACGCGUUUGACGAAGCGGAGGAGAUGACCGACAUGGAGACGGAUCCGAACGGGAACACGGUCGCACCGACAGUCCCCUCCUCUCUGACCCCCCCGCCCAACACCACGCAUGGGUCCUCGCCAACCGCUGACCCCAACGCGGCGCCCUGCAGCGGCCGACCUUUUGAUGCCUUCUUGCAGCUGAAGAACGGCUCCAUCUAUGCAUUCAGAGGUGAAUAUUUCUUUGAGCUGGAUGACAAGUCGAUUCUUCCUGGCUACCCUAAACUCAUCGAGCAGGUGUGGGGGAUCCCGGGACCCAUCAGCGCUGCGUUCACCCGCAUCAACUGCCAGGGAAAAUCGUACAUCUUUAAGGGCAACCGGUACUGGAGAUUUGACGGGGACGUCUUAGAUGAGGACUAUCCGAGGGAGAUUUCCGUCGGCUUUGAAGGCAUCCCAGAUAAUCUGGAUGCGGCAUUUGCUGUACCUGCACCAAGUCACAGAGGAAAAGAAAAGGCCUACUUUUUUAAAGGCGAUAAAUAUUACCAGUAUGAGUUCAAGCACCAGCCGUCCCAUGAAGAGUGCGUCUUCAUGAGCAGAACCUCUCCAUCCGUUCUGUUCACACGAUACACAGACCUGUUCUGCGAUCAGCCAUUGGAGAACCUCUUCACGGAUCUUUUUGGAAACUUUUACAAUCACGACACCAGCCCCAAACUCACCGUGAGGGACUGGCAGGGCUUCAGCCCCCCUGUGGAUGCUGCCAUGGUAGGGAAGGUUUCUCUCAGUCCCAAUCCCACGUUACCUUCUCCACCAGUGAGGCAACGGAGCAGAGGGCGGAGGAAGAGGCCCAGCAGGAGACGGGGCCCCCAGCGCAGAAGGCACAGCCGCUACGUGUUUGAUGACACGUGGUUGUUUGACGAUUUGUUCGACUUUGGCCAGGACUACGGCGACAUACCUGAAGUAGCUACGGUGCAGGAGUACCAAAGCGUCCCUGUUCAAAAUGUCUACUUUUUCAAGAAAGAUAAGUACUACAGAGUGUCCCUGCGGACGAAACGCGUGGACCGCGUCAGCCCUCCUUACCCAAGAUCCAUUGCAAAGUACUGGCUGGGCUGCGAACACGAGGUCCCAACUGAUCCGUCCAGGGCAGAGAAAAAAUAGGCCGGCUGAAGACACGUCCGCAGCGUGUUUUUAUUACAUCUCUACGUAACGACGAACCUGAGCCCAGUAAUAAUCCAGAACGUGUUUGAUGUUACUGCAUUUAUACUUUACGCCCCUCGUGUCCAUGUGCUGAGGCUUACUAUGAUGAAUUACACUUUAAAGCAAAGGUGUCAAACUCCGGUGUCUUUCUGAACAUCUGAAUAAAAAUUUUUUUUAAAAAUAGUUACGUAGCCAUUUAAUUUGGGUGUGUUGGACCAGGGUUACAUCUCAAAGUUGCAGGACAGAGGCCCUCGAGGACUGCAGCUUGACGCCCCCCGCUUUAAAGGGAUACUUCAGGUUUUUGUGAAGCAAGGUUCAAGGUGGUAACAAGUGAAGAUCUACUCUAGAUAUCUCUCGCAUCGUCGUUUUCAUUUAAUACAAAUGCAGAUCAGCUGGACCUAAAUCCUGAGGCUGACAGCUAGACCUGGAGGUGGGCAAGAUCGAAACAUGUCUUCUAUAUCAUCCUGAAAAAAAAAAAGCUCUAGUUCCAAAACAAUCAGAGAGUUUUAUGCAAAAGAAGUCAAUUGCUGUCAUAUUUGCAUUUCCGCUCAGGAAGUGGAGGCAGGAUGUGGUUGUUCCACCAAUGUGUUCCUCCACUGCCAUGGAGUGAGGCCAACCGGUGUGGCCUCACUCCGUGGCAGCCUGGUUAUUUUAGAGUGUAUUUUAAAUUUUAUAUAUUUGUUUCUAAAUGUUUUAAAGAUCUUGCCCCUUCGUAACCCUCCAAGCGUCUUUGACCUUAUCUUCUCGAUCUGUCAGGUCAGCUGAACAGCUGAAUCUAGUGUUGCUCCUCAACAUAACGUAACCUACCACUGUACAGAAAAAGAGGCUCCUGUACUUCACUGCCUGUCUUUAAAACCUGUUUUUAUUCUUUGGCUUUCAACCCCAGACUCGGUGUGUUCCCAUUUGUUUGAUUGCAAUAAUUUCUAUUUUUGUGGUCCAAUAAAAAAUAAUAAUAAUUAUUCUCUUUUAAUGUACGAAUUUAGUCGGCGAUGCAGUUAUGUGCAACUUUUUCAUUCAGCUGUGGUUGUUUUAAAGUACUUUAUAAAUAAAGAUUGUGUGUUAGGGUAUGGAAAAAAAAGUGUGCACUUAUGCAACUUUAAUAUGAUAUAAAUGCGAUUUCAGUCACAGGUUCCUAAAAGCCCUUAACAUGAGUUGCUAUGACAUUUUUGAGACUGGAGUUGUUUAAAGCCAGAAAGAGGUCCGGUUUGGUCUCUGCCCCUCCCUGUAUAGAAUUUCGCUUGAGAAUCUAGGCCCAACUGAUCUGGAGUUUUUACCUAAUUUUAACGUUGUGAAAUUUUUCUUUUCCAGAUACAACUUUUGAUAUAACCCCGCCGCAAAAAAAGAGAAAAAAAAUCCUGAGUCAUCCCUUUAAAUAUUAGUUUUCUGGGUGAUUCCAUACACAUACAUAACUCAGUUUUGUCUUUAACCAUAGAAGUUGCAUCCUUGAUGCAUGUUCUCACCAAAUCUGCGUAGCUUUUAAAGUUUAAAUCCUCAGAUACAUUUUUACAGUUAGUGUUAUGCGCUUACAUCACCUCUGUCACGCAAUUAUAUAUGACCCCUGCGGAGAUUUACUUUAUUUUACGUUCUGCUAGAAUAAACGUUGUCGUGCUGUAGGCUACUGGUGCCCUCUGGUGGACAAAAUAUGUUCAGAAAAUACUUUGCAUGAAAUAAAAACUGUAACUACUGAGCACCGUCUCCAUUUGUUAUUGUUUUUUUCCGAUUUAAAUUGCUAUAGUUUUAAAUCUUUGCUUUCAUCACUGUAAUAAAAAAAUUGUAACAUGG